AUGUCGUCCACAACACCAACCAGCCAGACCGUCGAGUCAAAGCCCGCGCCUGCAGCCCUUCAAGCUUCUUCUAUAGACCAGCCACCUGCCUUUUCUAGCGCAACUCCCACUUGUGACAUUGCUAAUCCUCUUCCAAAACCUGCCCUGGCUACCCCAAGAGAGUCCAGUGCCAGCUCUAACAACCUGGCCCAUCGUCCAAAGCGUGCUGUAAUUGCCGAUUCGGAACCCGACAUGCUCGAAAAGGGCCAAGCGGGUUCGUCUAACGAAGCGUCUUCCGCCCUCUCUCGCACUCUUUCUUCCUCGGAUCCUGCUUCUUCCAUUACCGCUCGAAAGCGUGGCGUGACUCGCGACGCAUCGUCCGGUGGAGAGGGCCUCGGCGGUCCUUUUGCUGGUCCACCACGUAGAGCGACGAUGGAGUCCAGGGCAACAACGCGUCGUUCGUUCAAUGACCUCUUUACUCCGGAGCACCGUCUGGCCAAGCCUCCUGCCACCUUGGUAAGCCUCAAGAACCUUCUCUUUGGCUCCAUCCUCAAUCUGCUUCUCGUCUUCAUCCCCAUCUCUUGGGCGCUUCAUUUUGCGCUCGACCAGAGCGUCACCCGAAAUGGCAUCGCCGUCUUUGUCACCUCCUUCCUUGCCAUUAUGCCGCUCGCCACCAUACUCUCGCAGGCCACCGAGGAGCUUUCUCUCCGCGUCGGUGAGACGAUCGGUGGUCUGAUCAAUGCUUCGCUCGGCAAUGCAGUCGAAUUGAUCGUUGCAAUCGUAUCGCUCUUUAACUGCGAACUUAUCGUCACACAGACGUCGCUGCUCGGCUCGAUCCUUUCCAACCUCUUGCUCGUACUGGGCACCUGCUUUUUUGUUGGCGGCCUUCGCGUCAAGGAACAGGUCUUUCUUGAAGCACCGGCUCAGCUCAACACUUCGCUCCUCAUGAUGGCCGUUAUCUCGCUCGUCAUUCCCUCGGCUUUCCAUGCUGUCCUCGGUGGCAUUCCGGACAACACGGAGCGUGGCGACAUUCUCAAAUUCAGCCGUGGUGUCUCGGUGCUACUGCUGCUCAUCUACAUCGGCUUCCUUUACUUUAGCCUGUCGUCGCACAAGGAAUUCUUUGAGGACGACAAUGAAGACGAAGAGGAGCAGCCGCAAAUGAACAUGACCGCCGUCAUCAUCACGCUCGUCAUAGUCACCGUCCUGAUUGGCGUCACUUCCGAGUGGCUCGUCACCGCCAUCGACGUUGUUACUUCGAGCGGUGCCAUCACACGCACUUGGAUCGGUCUCAUCCUUCUGCCGAUCGCAAGUAACGCAACGGAGCACUUGGCUGCCGUCAUUUUCGCAUGGAAGAACAAGAUUCAAAUGGCAUCGUCCAUCGCGAUUGGCUCGUCGAUCCAGAUUGCGCUGUUCGUCAUUCCCUUGCUCGUCAUCAUCGCGUGGAUCGGCGAUCGGCCAUUGACCCUACUCUUCGACCCUUUCGCCACCAUCUUGCUCUUCUUGACCGUGCUCAUUGUGAACUUCGCCAUCGCCGACAACAGGUCCAACUACCUCGAAGGGUUUGUGCUCAUCAUGGUCUAUCUUAUCGUCGCGCUCACCGUCUGGUUUGUACCAGAUGACCUUGCCGACACGCUCUUUUCCGAUGCCUACUGCCACAAUCGCUAA